AUGAUCAAUGAUGUGGCAACAGAAAUUGAACCGGACACGGGAUCGGAUGCAAAUAUAAUGGAUGAAGAGCAAUUUGAUCGACUCCAGAAAGCGAGAUCUGAAAUACGGCUGAAGAAAUCCAGAACAAAGCUGCCAGCACUUCUUCAAGACAUCCCGGUACUAGGGGAAUGCUCUGUGACCAUCAGAAACCAAACGAGGCAGACACGAACACGCAUUAUCGUUAUUAGGGGCAAAAUGGAUUCUUUGCCACUGAUCGGAAGACCCACCUUAUCCAAUUUAGGCAUGGUUCUCAUCGACGAGACUGGAAACUUAGAAAACUCCAGGAAAAAAGAUACACACAAAGUAAAGAAAGCAGACGCAACCUACCCAAAACUUGAAGAAAUCCUUGGAAAGUAUGAAGGAAGAUUCCACGGAGUAGGAAAGGCGGAAAGAGACGGAAAAGUUAUUGAUAUCCAUUUACCCAUGAAUGAGGAUGCGACACCGAUAGCUCAGAAACCAAGACGGGUGCCGUAUCACUUACUAGAGCCUCUGGAGCAGCGCAUUAACGAAUUCAUCGAAAGUGACAUCAUAGAGAAGGUCCCCGAACAAGAAGCAAUCGGGUGGUGUUCACCUCUCGUGGUACAACCGAAAGCGAAGAAUCCUAAGGACAUCCAAGUGAGUCUCGAUCUCCGAAUUCUAAAUCAGUCUAUGGCACGCACAAGGCACGUACAAUCACCCAUCACCGAAGACUUUGUAAACGAAUUUAAGGACUGCACAGUCUUCAGUAAAAUCGACCUGAACCACGGAUACCAUCAAUUCGCGCUCGAUGAAGAAUCUAGAAAGAUAAUGACAUUCUCAACGCCCUGGGGGAACUAUAGAUACAAAAGACUUGCAUUCGGUGGCAAGAACAGCAAGAUCUUUUUGAUGCGGAGAUCGCAAAGAUAA